AUGAACGAGACAGAGAGACGCAGUUUUGGAAUGAAUACUUCGAUGUUUAUGAAAAACUGCUCUUUUAAUGGCAAAUAUUGUACAGAUUCUCGUUUAAGCUACUUCACUGAUUUCCGGUUUGGAAAUUGUAUAACGUUUAACAAACAAAAACUUGGUAUCAAGCCUUUACGAACUUCAGAAACAGGAUUUGGAAGUGGACUGAAAUUUGAUUCACAUGCGGAUCAGGGCCACUAUCAAGCUAUACAACACACUGUUGGAUUCAAAUUGAUUAUUCAUAAUCCGAUGGAAAUUCCGAGCCCAGAAGAGGAUGGAGUCUUUAUCAAUCCCGGAUUCGAAGUUUUCGUGUCUUUGAAACAGAUUGUUAAUAUCCGCUUACCGGCACCUUUUAAAGACGACUGCAUGAACUACGCUUCGGAAUCGAAUGGUUUCAAAAACAAAAAAGAAUGCAUUCGAAAGUGUAUUCAGUCAAAGAGUUAUGAAAAGUGUGGCUGCAUCGACCAGUCUUUGGGAGUGAUGAACCACCUGAAGCAAUGUGAUUUCAGGAAUGUCUCGGAAUCAUGCUGCUUGGACGAAGUUUUGGACAAUAUGACUUUACAUGGAAAUAUCUGCAAUUGCCCUCUACCAUGCUUUUCUGUAUCAUACAAUGAGAAAUUAUCAGAAGCAUUAUUAGUGUCUCGUGAAUCAGGCGGAUUUCGAGAUUUUAUGCGACCAUUCAUUAAAAAUAAUUACGUGAAAUUAAAUGUAUUUUAUUCAUCUCUGGAAAGACGUAUAUAUCAGCAACAUCCAAAAUUUGAAGAAUCGGAGUUUCUGAGUUAUAUAGGGAAUGAAUUGAGUCUAUGGUUAGGAAUGUCUCUGAUGAUAGUUUGUGAAAUUUUUGAGAGAUUAAUGUUGCUUUUGAAAUCCAUAAUUCGUUAA